CGGACCCCGGCGCGCUGAAUGCAGACUAAUAGGGAUGCCAAAGGAAAAAUAUGAUCCUCCAGAUCCUCGCAGAAUUUAUACCAUCAUGUCAGCAGAGGAGGUAGCCAAUGGGAAAAAAUCUCACUGGGCAGAAUUAGAAAUCUCGGGUAGAGUGCGGAGCUUAAGUACAUCACUUUGGUCAUUGACACACUUGACAGCGCUGCACCUAAAUGACAAUUACCUUAGUCGCAUUCCACCUGAUAUUGCCAAGCUUCAUAAUCUGGUUUACCUGGAUCUGUCAUCCAAUAAACUCAGAAGUUUACCAGCAGAACUAGGAAACAUGGUGUCUCUCAGGGAAUUGCUUUUAAAUAACAAUCUGUUACGGGUUUUGCCUUAUGAACUUGGUCGGCUCUUCCAGCUACAAACUCUAGGUUUGAAAGGCAAUCCUUUAUCACAGGAUAUUCUCAACUUAUACCAGGACCCCGAUGGAACCCGAAAGCUACUGAACUUCAUGCUUGACAAUCUUGCAGUUCAUCCAGAGCAGCUUCCUCCGAGGCCAUGGAUUACAUUAAAAGAACGAGACCAAAUUCUGCCAUCAGCAUCAUUCACGGUUAUGUGUUACAAUGUGUUAUGUGAUAAAUACGCCACCCGGCAGCUAUAUGGCUAUUGCCCAUCCUGGGCAUUAAACUGGGAAUACAGGAAAAAGGGAAUUAUGGAAGAAAUUGUUAACUGUGACGCAGAUAUCAUUAGUCUUCAGGAAGUGGAAACAGAGCAAUACUUCACUCUUUUUCUGCCAGCAUUGAAGGAGCGUGGGUAUGAUGGAUUUUUUUCUCCAAAGUCACGUGCCAAAAUCAUGUCUGAGCAGGAGAGAAAGCAUGUGGAUGGUUGUGCAAUAUUCUUCAAAACAGAAAAAUUUACAUUGGUGCAGAAGCAUACAGUGGAAUUUAACCAAGUGGCAAUGGCUAAUUCAGACGGAUCUGAAGCAAUGCUGAACAGAGUGAUGACAAAAGAUAACAUUGGUGUUGCUGUGGUAUUAGAGGUCCACAAAGAACUAUUUGGAGCAGGUAUGAAGCCUAUUCAUGCUGCAGACAAACAGCUGCUUAUAGUGGCAAAUGCCCACAUGCAUUGGGAUCCAGAGUAUUCUGAUGUGAAACUUAUCCAGACCAUGAUGUUUGUCUCAGAGGUUAAAAACAUUCUGGAGAAAGCCUCUAGUAGGCCUGGCAGCCCAACUGCAGAUCCUAAUUCCAUCCCGCUGGUGCUAUGUGCAGAUCUUAACUCAUUGCCAGAUUCAGGUGUUGUGGAGUAUUUAAGCAAUGGAGGAGUAGCUGACAACCAUAAAGACUUCAAAGAACUAAGGUACAAUGAGUGUCUUAUGAACUUCAGCUGCAAUGGAAAGAAUGGAAGCUCAGAAGGGAGAAUCACACAUGGCUUCCAACUUAAGAGCGCCUAUGAAAAUAACUUGAUGCCUUACACCAAUUACACCUUUGAUUUCAAAGGCGUGAUUGACUACAUUUUCUAUUCCAAGACUCAUAUGAACGUGCUUGGUGUCCUGGGGCCUUUAGAUCCUCAAUGGCUGGUUGAGAACAACAUCACUGGGUGUCCACACCCUCAUAUCCCUUCAGACCACUUCUCACUGUUAACACAACUUGAACUCCACCCUCCACUCCUGCCUCUUGUCAAUGGUGUUCACUUGCCUAAUCGGAGGUAGUGGAGUACUGCCCCGUAAAGACGGGGAUCUGUUGCUAUGGACCUGUACAGUUGUAAAUCAAAGUAUGUAGGAGUGAAGUAUGGCCAUCCUUAAGCUGCUUCUUCAGGUUCCUUUCGUUAUGUGUUUGCUAUAAGACUUUGUACAUUUUUGUGCAUAUUGGUAUCAUUUGGCACUAGGGCUGGAACCAAAGUAUUACUCUCUUUCCAAAAUUUUAAUUUAACAUGUUUUUAAAUUGGACUUUCUUCAUAUUAUAUUACGAGUCCGCAUUCAUAAUUGACAAGUUACCAAUUGGAGGCCCAACAACAGUGUAUUUGUUUUUCCAAAUCACGUGCUUUCUUUUGGUUUCAAAUGAGCCAACCAUUUUUGUAAAAGGCAACUUUUUAAAACUGUAAGAUUUUAAAGUGAAUGAUGGCAUGCCUUGCAGGGAACACUUUCUUAAAUUUAUGUUUCUUUAUAACAAACUGAUUUUUGGCUUCCCAAGUCAUUUGCACAUUAACAGAGCACUUAAAUUUGCUUGAUCUGUAUAUAAGCUAUCAUAUAGCCUCUAGCCAUAAUAAGAAAAUUUGAGAAACUAAAGGUGGUUGCACAGUAUGCUUUCAAAAUCAAGCAUUUAACACAACAUGACCAUUUCUUGGCCAAAUGCUGGUUGUUUUUUUUGUUUGUUUUGUUU